AUGUCCCGUAAUCGUUUUGAAUUACUGUUAUCAAACUUACAUAUGGCAAAUAACGAAACGAUAGAAGAGAAUAACAGGCUUGGAAAAGUUUUUCCACUCAUAAACAUAUUGACACACAAUUAUCAAAAAGUCUUUUCACCAGGCGAAGAUAUUGUAGUCGACGAGACAUUGUAUGGAAUAAAAAUUUUCAAACUGCGCUCCAUUGAAGGAUGUACAUGGUCUAAGAAGGUAUAUUCUGGACGAGAUACUAGCGGAAGAAGGCAAGUUGGUAUCGCCGAAAACGUCUGCAUUGAACUUGCAAAUAAACUACUAAAUGAGGUACGAAGUUUGUUUGUCGACAACUUUUACACUAGUUACGAAUUAGUAGUCAAAUUUUUACAAUUCAAAACGCAUGUCGUUGGAAUUGAACGGCACAACCAAAAAUUUAUGCCACGUUUUGUAAUGUCGUACCCAUUAAAGAAAGGUGAAAUGAUAGCACGAGAAGAUGACAACGAUAUUGUGGUGCUAAAAUCGAGAGAUGUUCGCGAUGUUAGGAUGUUAUCAACAAAGCAUGUACCUAUCAUGAGUUCAAGCUCGGAUUCUACUCACCGCGAUCGUCCUCCGAAACAGAAACCUCUGGCGAUACUGGCAUAUAAUAAAAGGGAAAUUGGCAUUGACAGAAGUGAUCAGUUGGUGUCAUAUGCCACAACGAUACACAAAGGUAUCAAGUGGAAUUGA